AUGGCAUUAUUUUUUUAUGCUCCUCGUUUAUUUUGGCGUUCAUUCAAUGCUCAUUGUAGUAUUGAUAUUCAAAAUUUAGUAAAAAAAAGUCAAAUUUCAACAAAUAAUUCAACAAAAAUAGCAUCAGCAAUGCUUCAGUAUUAUUGUGAAACAUGUAAAAGUCGACGUUCAAAAAGUUCAAUUAAUAUGCAAGCUUAUGUUCGUCGAAAUAAACAUCGAGGAAAUUAUUUAUUUUCUUUAUAUUUUUUAACGCGUUUAAUGUAUUUAAUAAAUUCUAUUUUUCAAUUAUAUUUACUCAAUGCUUUACUUGGUCAUCGUGGUAAUGCAUGGUUUCUUGAUAUUGAUAUAAUGAAAUCAAUAUUUCGUUAUGGUAAUCCACUUCUUGAUUCACCUUAUUUUCCUCGUGUUACAUUAUGUGAUGUACCUAUACGUGAAAUAGCUAUUAUUCAUCGUUAUACACUUCAAUGUGCUUUACCAAUAAAUAUGUUAAAUGAAAAAAUAUUUGUAGCAUUAUCAUUUUGGUUUAGUUAUUUAAUUCUUCAUAAUAUAAUAAGUUUUAUUAUAUUAAUUAUUCAACAAUUUAAAAAUCAACGAAUUAAAUAUAUCAAACGUUUAACAACAUUUAUUAACGGUAAUAAACAAGAUUAUAUUGAAAAUUUUACUGUAAAUUAUUUAACAUAUGAUGGUAUUUUUUUACUACGUUUAAUAAGUCAUAAUUCAAGUGAAUUACAAGCAAUGGAAAUGAUUAAAACAAUGUUUGAAAAUUUUAAAACAAAACAAGAAAAUAAAAUAUUUGAAUGA